AUGGGUGCUCGAUAUUGCACAGUGCAUAAUGAGGGGCUUUCAAACGUCCCAUCUGUAACCAUCUCCGCUCGUACAUCGGUAAGCACAAAACACCUCCCCUUCAACCCCCGCAUAAACCUACCCACAUCCAACCCUCCAUUCGUAUACCGGCACUCCUUCGAUUUUACCCCCACCGUCCCAACCAAUAAAACACCCACCUACCAACCUCCCAUUCAUGCCCCGCAUAAACCCUCCCACAUCCAACCCCUCCGUUCGUAUACCGGCAAACAGUGCGCAAUCAUUUGGCAAUCACAAAACACGCACCCAUCCACCUACCCACCUCCCAUUCAACUCCCCAUAAACCCUGCCAUACCCAACCCUCCAUUCGUAUACCGGAAUGCUUGCAACUGCGCAAUCACAAAACACACACCCAUCCACUUCCCAUUCAAGUUCCGUGUAAGCCCUUACACAUCCAAACCUCCGUUCGUAUACCGGCAGUUCGAGGAAUAUAUGUCUCAGGUUGCAUCUGGAACAGGCAUAUCGACUAUCACCUACAGAGGUAUGAUUCAAGUCUUCGUUCAACUCCCCACAUCUAACCCUCCGUUCGUGUACCGGCACCUGCACAAAGACUGGGUUCGACUCCCAGAUGGAGAAUGGUGCUCUCGAUCUUCGGAUGAUAUACUAACUUUUGGAGGCAUGUUGAACGAGAUCAUCUCUAGACCCAAAAAUCUUCAUUUAUUCAACCUCACAAAAAUCCUCCUACAUCCUGCCCUCUAG